AGGGUGACGGUGUACUGUCAACUGCAUGGGUGUUGCUUCUUCCGGUGUACUACAACACGCAGAAAAUAAAUUAGAGUGAAACACAAGAGAGGAGGAGGAGGCAGAGAGGGUAAAGCAUCAGUAGGUAGCAUCAUGGACACGUUCCUGGCGUACAUCGGGGAGUUUGGCAGGUACCAGAGGAGACUCUUCCUGCUCCUCUCACUGCCUACUGUAGUGGUCUCCAUGCAGAAGCUGGCGUGGGUGUUUCUGGGUGCUCGCGUCAACCACAG